CACUUCACUGGUCAUUUGUUUGGAAACAACACAUCAACCUCAAACGCACGAAAAUGUCGCUCUUGCUGAAGUCGUCUGUCAACCUUUAUAAACUUCACCCGAAAACCAUCCAGCAGCAAGCCGCAAGAAGCUUCCUAACGAAGAAAAAGUGUCCCCCGAAAACCGAAGAGGAAUCCCAAUGUGGACGUGCAGCUGGUGCGUCUGGCCGAGUCAAUGAAAUCGCCGCCGGUUACAAGCUGCUCAAGGACAAACAGGCCCGGUUUCAAGUCAAGGACAAUCUUCCGGUGUGGCUAAAGGGAGGACCAAUGGACCGCAUGCUGUAUGUCUCGACGGUGGGACUGUCCGUCGUUGGGUUGGGCUGUUCUCUGGCGUUCAUUUCGAUGAUGGCAUUGAAAUAGUUUAAACUGGCGGUUUUUUAAUAAAUUAACAUUUCAAUAAAUUAAUCUUACAAA